AUGGUCGCAAUCGAUCAUCAAAUUGAUCCUAAAAUCACUUCGACGUUUGCCAUCACACCCAUUCUUUUAACUCUUCAAGAUCACGUACCACCUGUGACAUCUACACUUACCAUUCCUUCAAAUACACCAAUCAAUGAAACAGCCUUUAACAAACAAGCAUUGCUAGCUUUUAUUAUGUCCUUGUUUUUUGGUCUUUUAUUUUUGACUGCCACACAAACCGAUCCAUCACCCGAAUUCCCCGCGUUACCAUUGUCAAACUUUGAAGAACUAUUACCAAAAGAACCCACACCACAAAUUCCUAAAAAAUACAAGAUUAUUAUAAAUGAAUCACAAGCUGAGCCACGGUUGCCAGGUUCCAAAGGAAAUCUCAUUGAUGAAACUACAAAAAAUCAAAAUAUAAUAGAAGAUUGA